AUGGCAUCGCUUACGACAGCUCCGCCGGAAAACUCAACAAAUGCUCAAACGGACGAAAUAACCGAUGAACAGCUUGUAUUCGAAAAACUGAUUUUAAGAGGAUGUUUUGCCCCAAGUGUCGAAAAUGUCACCAGUUAUCAUCUUAUUGUAUGCGGACUAAUGCGUGUACUCCAGGGAUACUGCGAGCAUCUGACAGCAGAAACAUUGCAAUUUGAGGAAGUACCAGAUCAUGAUGUCCAAGGUAAACGAAAACAGUGUCAAGUUCUGCUUACUGCGCUAAAAGACGUCAAAUGUCCCUUUAAUAUCAAGUUGCCAGACUUGCUCGAAGCCAACAUUCCAGUCAUGAAGCCUGUAAUUGAGUGGGUGCUUCGAAAAGGGUUACUGUUGGAGUGUGAGGACAAUGUUGGCAAAAAACAGCAUGCCAAUUACUUCUUCAAAACAUUCGAAAGUGAGGCGGAAGCAACGACGGAAUACCUGAAACGGUUCAAUGAGGAUAAGGAUGAACAUGAGAAUUGCAUGCCGUCGUACGACAUGUUUUGCGAUAAAAUUGUUCAAAAUAAACUGGGCGGCACGCAAACUCUUGGUGUCUACCUUUUAUUCAACAAAAUAGGUUGUGUCAAUCUACUGUUGAAUGCAAAACCGGAGGAAGAUGCGGGAGAGUCUCCACCAACACCACAAGUAACACUUGAUGAUAAGAAAAUUUCUGUUCCAACAGUUGAAGAAAUCCAGGCAAAAGAUAAGGGAGAGAUUUUGAAGUACCGUAAUAAACUAGCAGAACGGAUCGAGGAACUUGAUAUCGACGGUAUCAUUAACUCUUUGGAAGCAAGGCUCAAGAAAGAGGCUCAAGCCUAUUUCUUAACAAGGAAAGAGCUCAUAUUUAUUGAGGGUCAUGUAAACACUGCAGAAAAGAACAGACCAGACAAAAUUGAUAAUCAAGUUGCAUCAAAAAUGACAGAAAACAUACUCGCAUUGACAAACCUCAUACGAGUUUUCAAAAAAGGGAUUGACGAAGACACCAAAUCUGCUCAAAGUAUGGUUACCAGGUUCAAACCUAAACUCAACAAAAAAGGAAAAGAGAUCAGAGACCCAAAGACAUAUGAGCUGUACACAAAGUAUCAAAAUUUCGCUACGUUGUUUCAAAAGAUUGCCACUGACUCUGAUAGUCUCAUCGGUCGCCUCGCUGACCAGGCAACUGAAAUGUGGAAGGUUAAACAAUUGGAUAAAGAGGUGGAAAACAUGGAAGACCCUCCGGAGCUCACUUCUCAAGACUAUUUCGUUCCAAUCGAUGGGAGCAUAGCAGAUGACAUCAUUCGAAUCAAUUAUAACAUUCAUAACGCUGUGAAAGAAUAUUCCAUUUCUCCACCGUCCAUCAAGGGUGCAAAAGACUACUACCAAGCAUUUGUCUCGUAUGUCAUCGACUCGAUGUCCAAAAUGUCUGAAAUCUACUGGAAAGCUGAAUUGAUGCAGCAUAACAGAUUUGAGGAGAAAAAGCAAGUUGAAGAACUCCGCCAAAAGAUGAGAACUAUAAUUCGUGAGGAAGUCAAGAGCGACAUUCUUACAGAACUGCUCAAUAUUGUAACACUCACAAUGCAUACGGUAGAUGAUGAUUACGACAAACUCAAAAAAGAAAGUUACAAACUCCGAGGGCAGGUGCUGGAGCUAUUAAAUGCUAGUGACGCGGAGAAGAAGAAGAAUAACAAGAAGAAGUGA